AAAUAAUCGGUCGUCGUGGUAACUGAGACGCCUUCCUGAAAGAUGGAGAUCUGGAAGGUGGACCAGCCGCUUGGCGCUUCUGCGGCUUCGGACUCCUGGUUGUGGGACUCCGCCGGGACCUCGAAGCCGUUGAGAGACCUCCGGAUCAAAGAAGAGGAGUAUCUACGUUUAAAUGAAGAACUUGAAGCAAAAACAGCUGAACUUGUUCGUCAAGCAGAAGAAGCAAUAAGAGAUCAAAAUGAGAUACUGUCCAAAGUAGUUUCAUCUCCAGUUAAACCAUGUGAGGAGAAAGAAGAUAAAGAUACAAAAGGUCAUUUGUCUAAUGAAGGAGCAGUUUUUGUACUUUCAAAUAAGCAACCAAAGAUCAAUAAAUCUGAUUGUGUGACUGAAAUUCAAAACAAACCACAGGCUGGGAAUAAAGGAAAGAAAAAAACUUCAAGUGUAAAAUUGAAACGUGCUAAUAUUCAAAUUGCCAAUGAUGUUGCAGUCCCAGAGGACUUCAAAGACUUUUCACUUACAAACACAAUUAAUAGAAUUGAAGGAAAAUUAGAUGAAGGAGAUUUAUCUGAUGGCAUAGAUGAUGAGAUUUUUCCUGGUCUCAGCGAAGACAUUGGAACAGAGGCCCAGAUCAGAUUUUUAAAGGCAAAACUCCGUGUUAUGCAGGAAGAAUUGGAUAGUCUUGUAUAUGAAUGCAAUAAAAAGGAAGAUGAAGUAAGAAAUUUAAAAGCCUCUCUUAAAGAUAUUAAUGAAGAUCGUGUUAGAAUGGAGCGAACAAUCAAUAUUCAACAGUCUCAGAUUGAAAAAUAUAAAACUCUUUCAGAGGAAGCAAACAAAAAAUGUGAUGGAUUUCAGCAACAGCUGACUGCAGUAGAAAAGGAAUUAGACAACAGAAAGAAACUACAAAAACAGGCUUCAUCCAGCCAAAGUGCCAUAGAAGUCCGCUUGAAUAGAGCUCUUGAAGAUGUAGAAAAGUAUAAGCUUGAGUUAAAUAAAAUAAAGCAGAGUAAUAAGGACUUAGCAAAUGAAGAAUACAAGAAAAUUGAAGAAUUAAAAACAGAAAACAGGAAGCUGGAAAAACAAAAAGGAGAGUUAAUGACAGGUUUCAAAAAACAGCUGAAAUUAAUUGAUAUUUUAAAAAGACAAAAGAUGCAUAUUGAAGCUGCUAAGAUGCUGUCUUUCACUGAAGAGGAAUUUAUGAAGGCACUUGAAUGGGGAAAUAAAUAAAUUUAAUAUACCUCAAAUACUUUCCCCUGAAAUCCUCCUUAAAAGAAAAUUCUGUGUGCCUGAUAAAUUGGAAGUAUUCGACUUUAUUUGCAAGUUUGGGUGUUAAGAUAUUUUUCAAUAAUCUAGUGGAUUUUGUGGGGAGACUGUGCAAAAGCUGCAUAAUUCACAGGCAAAAAAACCCGAUACUUUCUGAUAUAUAUAGAGGAGAAUUCAAAAGUUCAGUUAGAUUUUAAGUUAGUUAUUUGAUUAUUUUAUACAAAAUUUACAUAUCACUAUAUAAAAUACAAUGUGGUAUUGCUUAGAGAUGCAGAGAUAUAGGUGUAUUUACUUAUUUUGAUACUUUCAACUAUUAAAGGUACUUACGAUAGUUUUUUUUCAAUAUCUUGAUUCUUAAAUAUAUUAGUUAUGUUACAAAAAAGUUCAGCUAUAUCUCUUUUAAUUAAUUGUCUCCUGAAAUUACUGCACUUAUUUGAAUUUCUAAAUUAUUUGAACAUUUCAAUAAAAAUACAUACUACUUAUGUUUAUGUAAUGGGGAGAAAUUCUCAUCAGUCUGAUAACAGCCACUCGUUAACUUGAUGUUAACCGAUUGAUCCUGACUGACUGGGGAUGCUUCUUCAUAGUCUCUAAGGUUCAAGAAGAUAGACUUUUUUCACAGGAAUUGCCUUUCUGUGUUCCCUUAAGAGAAAACCCACUCCAAGUCCCUUUUUCAUGCAAUUACUCUUGAAUUUCUAGAGCAGAAUAGAAGAGAGAUUUCUUCUCCUCUCCCUUGGCAGUCUCUCAGAGGUAGCUGGGUUUGUUGCACUCAGCCUGAGAAGGGAGGUCCCAGAAAACUCGUUUUCCCCUGUCGAGGGCAGCAAUGUAAGAAGGUAGAUUUCCUAAGUAGCAGCAGUUCCACAGUUUUGUAUGCAGCCUCUAGAAUUCAUGAGCCUGGGACCCCGAAAAACAUCUCCCUGAUGGGGCUCACUCUGCAGAGAAGAGGCCCAUCUACAGAGAAGAGGCCCGUCUGCAGAUGGAGGACCAGAGAGCCCGGCCUUGCCAGUACUCUGUAAUCCUGCUUGGAGCCAGGCUGAGGUGAAUGGGACAAAUUUGUUCUGUAAAGUACAGGAGUAUAAAGGGUUUGGACUGUUUGUGUGUUUUGACAUUUCUUCUGCUUUUUCAUGUUUUGUGUUUCUGGUGUCUGUGCCUAUGACUGCUUUGUGUCACAUACAUUCUCUGUGUUGGAUGAAAUAAAAGCUAUCUAAAACCCUGUA